AGAGACCGGCAGCGAGAGGGGAGGGACGGGCGGCUGUGGGCUUUGUUUACCCUCACCACCGCAGGCGGUGUCCCGAGUGGUACCGCACUGUACCGUGUGGAGCGGCCACUGCAUCCGGUGGGCACUCGGGCUGCGGGCUCUUUGUUAUCUGGAGUUUUGUAUGCUUAGCAUUUGAACGUUUCCAGCACCUAUGUUGCCUGCCCGCCAGGUCCCGACAAUUACCCUGUAUUAACUGGCUGUCAUUAGUUAUUACCCAUUGCACGGGUAAAUACCAUAUUAUCUGUUGUGAUGCUCAGGUCGACUGGUAAGCUCGAGUCCCCCUAUUCUCCUAUCUCCCAUCUCCCUAUUCUGUCACAACACCGGUCAAAGAGUUUCGCAGUACGCACGGACGUAACUUCCCCUUCCCGAGAUAGCGGCCACUGUCGCCGCGGGCACACGGCGGAGGAGCGCACAGUGCCGUGUGUAAGGGUAGUGCCGGGGGCAUGGACCGCGUGCGCCGCUCUGAUACGGUAUCGGGGCCGGCGCCGCCCGGAGAGGGGCCAUUCAGGGUCGGGAGCGCGCCCCUGUCGCAUGGACGCGGUGCUGUGACGUGGACUCGGUGAGCAGAUUGGUGGUCUGUUGCAGUGACGGAGACAGCGUGCAGAGUGGCUGGGUGUUGCCAUCGGACUGUGGAUAUCAGAUCGGAACGUGUUCCGUGCCUGGAGUAAUUUUUGAAUUGCCGAGAUAAAACUGGUGUCUGAACUCUGAAGCAUACUUGGAUUCUGGAGUUUACCUCAAGAUAUAAAGUAUAUCUUUGAGCUCGUUUUGGAUUCUGGCACUGAUAUCUGACGGUGAAGAUGACACCCCCGCGAACCAAGUCCUCGGCUACGGAGAAGACGCCGCUUCUGGCGGACGGUGGCACGCAGCAGAGUGACGCCUCGACGCUGCUUACCGUCCGCUUCGGCAGUCCAGAGGAGGCGUGGUUCGGGCCGGACGGCGGCGGCUCCAACACGUUCGGGCCGACUGCGGAUACGCCGGUGGACUCUCGGCGAAUCAUCUACUGCCUGCACGGAGAUGAGCUCACCGCCUGUGAACAGGGCUGCUCGCAGGAGAAGAUCGAGGAGCUGCAGAGGCUCUACAAAGACUCGCACUGUCACGUGUCUCGGGCAGCCGGGAUGAACCAGGCCGCACGGAGGAAACUAAUGAUCGCCAGUGCCCUGUGCCUGCUAUUCAUGGUGGCUGAAAUUAUUGGCGGGUACCUCUCCAACUCCAUCGCCAUUGCCACGGACGCUGCCCACCUGCUGGCCGACUUUGCCAGCUUCAUGAUCUCACUGUUCUCACUGUGGGUGGCUUCCCGACCGGCCACGGCACGGAUGAGUUUCGGGUGGCACCGCGCAGAGGUGAUGGGCGCGCUGAUCUCUGUGCUUCUCAUCUGGGUGGUGACCGGCGUGCUCGUCUACAUGGCCAUCCAGCGGGUCAUCUAUCAGCAGUUCGAGCUCGACGCCGUCGUCAUGCUCAUCACGUCAGGGCUCGGCGUUCUGGUGAACAUAGUCAUGGGGUGCACACUGCACCAGCACGGGCACAGCCACGGCGGCGGCUCGUCCCACUCCCACGGCGGCGGCUCGUCUCACUCUCACGGGGCGCAGAACAUCAACGUGCGCGCCGCCUUCAUCCACGUGCUCGGCGACUUCCUCCAGAGCAUCGGAGUGUUCAUCGCGGCGCUGGUCAUCUACUUCAAGCCUAUGUGGAUCUUGGUGGAUCCUAUUUGUACGUUCGUGUUCAGCAUAUUUGUUCUGGCCACGACGCUCACAAUUCUCAAGGACACCCUCAACGUCCUAAUGGAAGGUAUUCCGAAGGGCAUCGACAUCGAGCAGCUGCAGGCGAUACUGGAGGGGAUGCCGGGGGUGCUGAAGGUGCACAACCUGCGGGUGUGGUCGCUGAGCAUGGACAAGCCGGCGCUCUCCGCACAUAUCGUCAUCGGCCCGGACGUCAAGCCUCAGGGAGUGCUUCGUCAGGCUACUUUGCUGGUGCGCGAGCGGCACGACUUCUACGAGAUGACGCUACAGAUUGAGGAGUACCACGAUCAGAUGCAGGACUGCGACCAGUGUCAGGAUACGGUCGGUGCUCGGAGGCCAGUCGAGACCGUCUGAGAGACCGCGGGGGCUGACAACCACGGCGGCAAAUGCCGAGGGGAAAACCUGAACCGGUGGUUCGUGAUCGGUGCGGUUGAAGCUUGGUGCUGAAUAGGUCCAAGAGUGGCCAGUAGAUUUGAGACGGUGCGGUCAAGUCAUCCACUGGUGCCUGGAAGAGGCGAGACGAGGAUCUGAGGGUAGAUGGCAGGCACAAAGUUCGUGGCAUGGAUUGGCGUGGUUUGUGACGGGACCAACACAGGGCUCCGUGAUGUCGGGCGGAGUUGGUAAUUAUCCUACCUUGCUUUAGCGCUGGAAGGCAGAGCUGGAUGGCACGUCUCCGCGCACGGAGCUGUCUACACCAUACCGAAUCUGAGGGAGAGUAAUACGGCCAGUGGUCGUCACGUUAGUCUUGUGGUCCCGCGCUGCCAGGAGGCCGUCUCUUUGGAUAACAUCCACCCACUAGCCAUCAUACCACACGAAACAGACAAGGGUGCCCUAUUCCGCCGCACUGGCCCCCUCAUCACACCAUCGAGCUCUUAGGACUGUCUUACCGCUUUGACAGGCUUGUUUACGUCAUGUGCCUUGUACCCUGUUGAAGUGCCCAAGUGUGCUGGCUGGUCUUCCGCUCAGAAUGCAGGUGUCACAAUUAGCCAUGAAUGUGGACAUGGAUAAUGCGCAUGUUAUACUGAUCGAGAUAUAGGACGUGUUUUAAAGCGUCUCCUCCAUAGGUCGUGACCUGGGUAGCUUUGUGCAGGCGUACAAAGUAUGUUGUUUAUUCAAUUAGGGAGUUAUAAUGCUGCUACGUACGCAGCAAGUGACCAUUAUUUCAUUCCACAGUAUUUACCGACUAUAAGGCAAUGCUCAGUUUAGAUAAACAUACUGUUAUACAUCCAUCAUAUUGCUCUCUUAUAUUUGCAUCAGUACAGCCGUGCUUCCCACCUGGUUUUCGAAACGAUGUUGACUCCAUGCAUCACACAUUUAGACACGGGGCUUGUCUUUGAAAAAUGCCAACCGUGCGGAACAAAAUUACUGGACUCAACCCUGUUAUCAUAAACUGUCGAGAGGACGCUACUGAAGUUUCCAUGCGCAGCCGCUGUUAAUUUUCUCAGCAUGCCCUAGAAGAACAGCAGGCAGCACGUCAUGACGGCUGCGUUGGAACGAAGGAGGGAACAAUCACAACCAGUCUCGGAAUUCGCCCCCUUGUGGCCUGUUGCGCUCGCGCGGUUUCAUACAAAGUUGGCUCGAUAUGUGGACGGCUGGAAUGGGGGGAUAGGGCCAACUAUUGUUCCUACUAGCUGCCAGAUUCUUUUGUAAGGGGUAUGCUGGGGAAAGGGCUUGCCGUGUGGCGGUGUGUUGCGAUGCCAAUGCGAAAGUGCCGUGAUUUUGAUAUUGGGAUUAAUCGUGUACUGCACUGAUUGUAUAAUUCAUAGCGUUCCAUUCCACUGAAUCCAUGGAGUUAGGAAAUCAAGGUGAAAAAAGUUUAUGAAAUAUUUACAGAAUAUCUGUGAUAUCACGCCUUGAGUCAGUAUAACUGACAUUUGAUACGUGGUACCAUGCAAUAUUUCCUAGUGACUGCUUCGUAGUGUAACAACUUGUCACAAUGCAUUAGCAGUAAUCGUUGCCUGAGGCUGAAAUAUAUAUCAGCUGUGGCACAAAACAUUCAAUGAAAUAUAAAGACGAAUUAA